CCACUACAACACAGCACCUCCAUGUCCCACCAACAUUGAUCAGUACCGCUGGUUCUGUCUAAAAUAGGACUAUUAUUUGCCCGAGCCAUGGAAUGAGCAUUAUCCUUCUUUCGUUGCCCCCUCCCAGCCCUUGAUCAUGUCUGGCAAACGGAUCCUAGAUGCUCUGGCCCUCUUCAAUGCUAGCCGCAACAUCGCGGCCAAACAUCUCGACAUCCGCCUCUCACAAGCCAAAUUAUACGGGCAAUCAUCCUCUAUCCUCAAGGCUGUCCAAACCCAGGGACCAUCAGUGACCGCCGCAGCUUCCCGUUUCGCUUCCUCUUCCUCUUCACAGCCGCCCAGAGAAGGUAUACAGCAGGACCAUUUCUACACACGGUCGGAUACAAACUCGUCACAGGACCAACCUCCUUCUGAAGAUUUGAAUGUUGAACAAGCAAAAGCACAACGACACCCGCUGCCAGAUGGCACCAUUCCUCCCCAGGACAGUCCCAUUGGUGAAAACACGACUGAUGGUAUCACCUUCAACCGACGCCCUGUUGGAGAACCAAAUCAGAAUCCUCUAGACUCUCAGCAUACCCGAGACAGUCUGUCCGCCAUAUCGUCCCAAGAAUCCACCAUUCCCACCCCUCGGACCUCCCCUCUCUCCCCCGACCAAGCACGUUUCGCCCAACGCCAAUCGGAAUACCAGAUUCCCUCCACAAGUGCCGAGCCUCCUACUCCUGGAGAAACAUCCGGCCAGAGUGAAUUCGCGGUCGAGCAGGAACAAGACGUCUUCUAUCAACCACCGGAAUCCUCAACUCCCGUCCUGUCCGCACUCCCUCGCGUCCGUGUCCCCAAAACUGAGAACGAUGUGCAAGAGGGCGAUUCACACAUUCCACCAGGUAUUAAUGCCGAUGUAUAUUACUCCGGAGCAAAAGGCCGAGAUGCGUUGGCCGACGAGCCGUCAGCUGAAGUGCUGGCAAAUUUGUUUCACAGCCCCAAGACUGCAAAAAUGUUUGGCGUCAAGGCCAAGUAUGCGCCGGGGGGAGUAGGUGGGCCCUCGAAGAGGGAAUUUCAUAGCCUAAGGACUCUAAGGCAGAAGGACUCAGCGGCGGCUGCGGCGGACGCAGAUGCACAGAGCAUUAGGCAGCUUGCGUCCGACAUUAGCAAGGAUGCGCGGAGUUCGAAUACGAACACUUCUCAACAAUCGUUCCCAGCAUCACCGCAACCAUACCAGAUGCGCGAGUCCCGUGUCCCCUCAUCCCGGGUCUCCCGCCUAUUUGAAUAUGGAGGCCUCGCAGCAUCCAUGGCAUUCGGAGCCGUCAGCGAAAGCAUCAGUCGAGCCGGUGGGCCCAAUGGAUCACUGGUUCUCAGUGCUGCCAAUAUGGAGAGGCUAGUGGCCAAGCUGUCCAAGAUGCGAGGUGCCGCCUUGAAGAUGGGCCAGAUGAUGAGUUUUCAAGAUUCGAAAUUAUUACCGCCUGCAAUCCAUCAAGUCUUACAGCGCGUCCAGGAUAGUGCGGACUAUAUGCCAGCGUCUCAACGAGAUGCGGUUAUAGAGAAGGACCUUGGUCCGAAGUGGAAGGACUUGUUCUCCCAAUUCGACGACCGACCCAUGGCUGCUGCCUCAAUUGGCCAGGUACACGGCGCCGUAUUACAGGACGGCCAGAGAGUGGCAGUGAAAGUGCAAUACCCUGGUGUUGCCGACUCGAUCUCGUCCGAUCUGAACAAUCUCUCCCUCCUCCUGACAGCAUCACGGCUUCUACCGAAAGGUCUCUACCUGGACAAGACGAUAGCUAACGCCCGCACCGAGUUGGCCUGGGAGUGUGAUUAUGUCCGCGAAGCUCAAGGAGCGAACAAGUUCAGGGAGUUGCUAGCAGACGAAACCGAUAUAUUCACGGUGCCACGAAUCAUCCCUGAGGCUUCAGGGAAGCAAGUCUUGACCAUGCAGCGGAUGGACGGUGUGGCAGUGACCAAGGUGCAAAACUUUAGUCAAGAGCAAAAGGACUGGAUAGGGACCCAGAUCCUGCGCCUGUGCCUGAGAGAGAUCACCGAAUUUCGCUAUAUGCAAACAGAUCCCAACUGGACCAAUUUCCUCUACAACAGCGAGACCAACAAGUUGGAAUUGUUGGACUUUGGUGCAUCUCGAGAGUUUGAUGCCAAGUUUGUUGACCUGUACACACGAGUGUUGGAAGCGGCAGCACGUGAAGAUCGCAAAAGUUGUGUUGACUAUUCUAUACAGCUGGGGUAUCUAACGGGAUACGAGUCAAAAGCGAUGACCAAGGCGCAUUUGGACUCUGUCAUGACCUUGGCUGAGCCCUUUAUGGAUUGGGCGCCCGAUGUCUAUGACUUCAAAGGCCAGACCAUUACGGAUCGAGUGAGGGACUUGAUCCCCGUGAUGCUUCGGGAACGAUUGGCUCCGCCACCUGAGGAGACCUACAGUCUGCAUCGCAAACUCAGUGGCGCAUUUCUCCUGUGUGCGCGGUUGGGAAGUCGAGUGCGGUGUAAGGACAUGUUUCAGGCAGCUCUGGUCAAAGCUGGGUUGCGAUGAGCGCAAAGGAUACCUGGGUCAGAAGACCGAAUCAUCGUCUUCCUCGUCGGUGUGCUCGAGAAUCGUCUCUUGCGACAAGCCGAGGCCCUUGAAUGAAGGAGGCAAUGCACUUGGACUUGGUGGGCCCAGCGGACUGAGCGAACCUGUCGACAACGGCAUCUUCCUCGCUUCACGAACCACCUCUUGAAUCAAUGGUUGUGAGGCUAGCAUCUUGGCCUGGGCCACAAGAGAUUCCUGCUCUUGGGCCUGAGCCUGUUUCUUCUUCCCCUCUCUUGCUUUUCGGUACGAUGCGGCGUCGUGACCCGUGGCGGGUAUGGGUUUUGGCAUGGAUGUACUUUGAGGCGCGGAAGGAGACUUUUGAUCGAGGUGAAAGACAAGAAUAAAUAUGCGCAUCGUCAAAUGGAGGGUCAAGCCGAGAACGAGGCCGAUCGCCACAGCACUACCGAGGAAAUACCAAAGCGCCUGAUAAUGGUCAGUGCCGCAAUCAACAUGGUGUAUGGAUCUGGGUAGCGUUAGGGAGAAGAUACCUCGAAGCGAGUGAAGAUGCGCCAUGGGAGGGUGAAGAGGUCGAGGAGAAGUCGGCCAAUGUAUAUAAAGGGUGUAGACAGGACCAGUAAAAUGUAUAAUAGUGCCUUGAGGACCAGGAAGAUUGGAUACACAAUGUAGUAGAGGAG